AUGUGUGGAAUAUUUGCUGCGUAUAAGCAGCCUCAGAUCGAGCAGUUCAAGCCUAAGGCUUUGCAGUAUUCGAAAAGAAUCAGACACAGAGGCCCCGACUGGUCCGGAAACGUCGUGGUCAACAACACCAUUUUAUGCCACGAAAGAUUGGCCAUUGUCGGCUUGGACUCGGGCGCCCAGCCCAUCAUUUCUCCCGAUGAGAGAUACUCCUUGGCCGUCAACGGAGAGAUCUACAACCACAUUGCCUUGAGAUCCGAGCUCAGCGACUACAAGUACAAGUCGCUUUCCGACUGCGAGCCCAUCAUUCCGUUGGUGGAAAAAUACGGCCUCGAUGCGCCAAAACACUUGGACGGCAUGUUCGCCUUUGCCUUGUACGACAAGAAGGAGGACAGAAUCAUUGCUGCGCGUGACCCGAUCGGCGUUGUCACCUUGUACAUGGGCAAGCUGUCCAAGUCGCCUGAAACGAGAUACUUUGCGUCCGAGUUGAAGUGUCUCAUUGACGAGUGUGACGAGGUGUUCGCCUUCCCACCGGGCCACGUCUACGACUCCAACACCGACCAGAUCACCCGCUACUUCACUCCUCUGUGGUGGGACGGCAGCAAGAUUCCCGAGAAGCAUGCUGACCUCAAGCAGGUGAGAGAGACUUUGGAGAUGGCCGUGAGAAAACGGUUGAUGGCCGAGGUUCCAUACGGUGUGUUGUUGUCCGGAGGCUUGGACUCGUCGCUUAUUGCGUCCAUUGCCGCCAGAGAAACGCAAAAGGCCGCCGCUGCCCAUGCCAACGAGCCUAUCGAUGCCAACAAAGAGCUUUCUGGUGUCGACGCCAGCGGUUCUUUGCACAGUGCCGGCUUCAACCGCUUGCACUCGUUUGCCAUCGGCUUGCCCGGCGCCCCGGACUUGAUUGCCGCCGAAAAAGUCGCCCACUUCAUCGGCACGGUCCACCACUCGCACACCUUCACGUUGGACGAAGGCUUGGACGCCUUGAACGACGUCAUCUACAACUUGGAGACCUACGACGUCACCACCAUCCGUGCGUCGACGCCCAUGUACUUGUUGCUGAGAAAAAUCAAGGCGCAAGGUGUCAAGAUGGUCUUGUCGGGCGAAGGCUCGGACGAAGUGUUUGGUGGCUACUUGUACUUUGCCAACGCUCCGCUGGCAGCCGAGUUCCACUCGGAGUGUGUGCAGAGAGUCAAGAACUUGCACUACGCCGACUGCUUGAGAGCCAACAAGUCGACGAUGGCGUGGGGCUUGGAGGCCCGUGUGCCGUUCUUGGACAAGCAGUUCCUCGAGCUUUGCAUGAACAUCAACCCGGAGGACAAGUUGAUCAAGCCGGCCGAGGGCAGAAUCGAAAAGUACAUCUUGAGAAAGGCCUUUGACACCACCGGCGAGGACACCAAGCCAUACUUGCCCGACGAGAUCUUGUGGAGACAAAAGGAGCAGUUCUCCGACGGUGUGGGCUACUCGUGGAUCGACGGCUUGAAGGAUGCGGCCGAGGCGGCCGUUUCCGACGAGGAGUUCGCCAACCCAAAGCCAGAAUGGGGCGACGACAUUCCUACCACCAAGGAAGCGUACUGGUACAGAUGCAAGUUCGACGAGAUGUUCCACGGCUCGAAGGCCGCUGCGUCGACCGUGAUGAGAUGGAUUCCUAAGGCCGAAUGGGGCUGCCACGCCGACCCUUCGGGAAGAUACGCCACCACUCACGACCACAAGGUGGAUUUGGAGUAA